GCCUACAUCAGGUAAGUGCUAAACUGCUCUUUCUAGAAGGACGACGCUAGUACUCAGUGCCCACACUAUACUUUUAAUGAUUAAGAAGGAAAACCCUUUGACCAGAACACCUUCAUCAUGACUCUUGUCUUCAUGCUGAGCCUUACCUCAGCACUGUUGUGUGCAGUAAACGGUCAUCCCCUCGUGGCUUUGAAUGAGGUGACAACUGGAAAUGAGGACAUGGACACAACAGGUACAUUUGACAGUGAUAUUGACGUCUCCGACUUAAUUGAGGCAGCCAACGAAAACUUAGGCAUUGACAGACAUGAUCCACUCAUCCUAUUUGGAGAUAUUGCUAUGGAAACUGGGAUUCGGAAUGCUUCUCCAUGCACAGCUAGAGAUUGCAAGUGGCCCAAAAGCAGGAAUGGGGUUGUGACUGUGCCUGUGUAUAUCUCCUCUUCAUAUACUUUAGAGGAGCAAGAUAUCAUCAUAAAAGGACUGAUCUCCUUCCACCUGUCUACCUGCAUCCAAUUUGUGUGGUGGAAGCAGCAUCAAGAUUAUUUGUAUUUCCACCCUGGAAAUGGGUGCUGGUCAUAUUUGGGACGUCGAGGUGGUCAGCAGGUGAUCUCCUUACAGCAACGUGGCUGUGUCCAUCAUGGUACGGUCCAGCAUGAAGUCCUGCAUGCUCUGGGCUUCCACCAUGAGCAGAACCGCAGUGACAGGGACAAUAAUGUCACCAUCGUCACAGAGAACAUCAGCAAAGGCAAGGAACACAACUUCAGAAAGGUGGAAACGAAUAACUUGAUGACUCCAUAUGACUACACCUCUGUGAUGCACUAUGGAAGGUAUGCAUUCUCUAAAGAUUAUGGUAAGCUGCCAACCAUCAUUCCAAAGCCAGACUCUAAUGUUCAGAUCGGAGGGGCCCGACAGAUGAGUCGUCUGGACAUCGUGAGGGUCAACAGGUUGUACGACUGCAGAGAACACUUGACUAAAUGAAUUUAGAAGACUACAGCAGAGAUUUCAACCAACAACUAUUCGAAACAAAAUCAAAUACCAGCUAAUCAAUUAGCUUCUAGAUGAGGUCAAAUUCACUUCGCACAAUACUCAUCCCAGUCAUUGCUUUAUAUUGUGUUGUGCAUGCUUCACCACCCAGUUUGGCGCAAUUAUUCUCUCACCCAAAUGUUGUUGUUUUUUUGUCAUGUUGACACUGUUAUUGUAGAUAUUAUUUUGGGUGAUUGUAAGACAUUUAGUACUCAUUGUUCUAUUACAUUGGUUGUAUGGUUAAUGUGAUUUCUUAUCCCAUCUUUCCCCCAUUUAUUAGCAUUCAGAAUCUUUACAAUUACUGUACUGUGUCUAGCUGCAUUCAUAUUUGCUCAAUAAAAGUUCACUGUAUAUAC